CCUGUUCUAAAGCAAGCAAAUUUUUCUCAACACUGUGAGAUCGACAGGAUAAGGGGCUGCCACGCGCUCCCCCUUCCCAAAACCUUAAACCAGAACGAAUAUGCUCGCCAAAUCAAGCUCAUACUCCUCUUCUCUUAUCUUCUCGCAAUUUCCAGAUACCACCCAGCCAGAAGUAUCAGACUCCAAGCUGAUUAUUGGCAUACAGUGAUUCAAGCCCUCCAUGGCAUUUCAGUAUGCAUCUCCAGCAGCCUUACGGCCUUCCACCAUCGCUUCAGCGUCUGCCACUCCAUCAAUCCUCUUACCACUUCAACCCGGUACGACCGGACUACGUCGACCUCUUGAUCCUUUUGCGCUGCGUUCCUCCUACAUAUCUCCUUCUGUGAAGCUCUUCCUUUCUCCUUUUCGACUGGCCGGCACCGCAUCACCCAGAUUCUCCAUGCGUGUGGCCUCCAAACAGACUUACAUCUGUAGAGAUUGCGGUUAUAUUUACAAUGAGAGGACAGCCUUUGAGAAGUUGCCUGACAAUUACUUCUGCCCAGUUUGUGGUGCACCGAAGAGGAGAUUCCGGGUUUAUGAACCAGCAGUUGCAAGGAAUUCCAACGAUACAGAUAUUCGUAAGGCUCGCAAGGCACAGUUGAAGAGAGACGAAGCCAUUGGGUUUUACUUUAUUGGGGGCACUUGGGUUACUUAUGCAAGGUUUUGUCGCCUGGGGUCUCUAACCUUUCUGAGAGAGGGCAGUCUGCAUCACCUUGGCAAGGCUCUUUAAUAUUUCAAUCUGGAC